AUAAACAGAAGUCACAUGAUAGAGGUUCAUUUCCCAACAUGGCGGGCAGAUGUCUGCAGCUGGCUUCCCUCUUCUUCUUCUUCUUCCUCUUCUUCUCUGGAGCUUUAACUUUUCCUCUGGGACAAGAAACUGAGAAGUCUCCAACCUGCGGAUAUGAGUCCUGUCAUGCCACAAAGCAGGACAUGCUGAACGUGCACCUGGUCCCUCACACGCACGAUGACGUCGGCUGGCUGAAGACCGUGGACCAGUACUUCUACGGAGAUCGUAACGACAUCCAGCAUGCGGGGGUGCAGUACAUCCUGGACUCGGUGGUGGACCAGCUGCUGAAGAACCCCGACCGCAGGUUCAUCUACGUGGAGACGGCUUUCUUCUACCGCUGGUGGAGGCAGCAGAGCUCCGGCAUGCAGCAGACGGUCAGACAGCUGGUGGACGAAGGGCGUCUGGAGUUUGUGAACGGCGGCUGGUGCAUGAGCGAUGAAGCCACCACCCACUACAGCGCCGUCAUCGACCAGAUGACCAUGGGGCUGCGCUUCCUCAACGACACGUUCGGUCGCUGCGGGCGCCCCCGGGUGGCCUGGCACAUCGACCCCUUCGGACACGCCCGGGAGCACGCCUCCAUGUUCGCUCAGAUGGGGUAUGACGGCUUCUUCUUCGGCCGUCUGGACUACCAGGACCGAUCUCUCAGGAUGCAGAAGAGGGAGCAGGAGUUGCUGUGGAGGGCCUCCGAGAGCCUCACCCCCCCCAUGGCCGACCUCUUCACCGGGAUCCUCCCAAACGGGUACAACCCUCCUCCGGGUUUCUGCUGGGACCAGUCCUGUGAUGAUCCACCAAUCAGAGACGACCCCGACCUGGAGGACUACAACGUGGACGACGUGGUGAAGCGCUUCGUCGCCAUCGCCAACAGUCAGUCACUGGUGUACAAGACGAACCACAUCAUUAUGACCAUGGGCUCGGACUUCCAGUACGAGAACGCCAACCUGUGGUACAAGAACCUGGACAAGCUGAUCCGCUACGUCAACGCGCAGCAGGCCAACGGAGGAAAAGUCAACGUGCUGUACUCCACGCCGUCCUGCUACCUGCAGGAGCUGCACCGAGCCAACAGCACCUGGGCUCUGAAGACGGAUGAUUUCUUCCCGUACGCGGACGCCGCUCACGAUUUCUGGACCGGAUACUUCACCAGCCGACCGGCGCUGAAACGAUACGAGAGGGUCAGCAACAGCAACCUGCAGACAUGUAACCAGCUGGAGGUGCUCGGGGGUCCGGGCUCCAGGAAGGGACCCUUUGAGGGGGACAGCCAGACCCUGAAGGAGGCGAUGGCGGUGGCUCAGCACCACGACGCUGUGUCCGGCACCGAGAAGCAGCACGUCGCUAACGACUACGCUAGGAGGCUCGCUAAUGGCUGGCAGCGCUGUCAGGUUCUGGUCAGCAACAGUCUGGCUGCUCUCAGUGGAUCGACUGCUGAACGGAUAUACUGCGACAACCUCAACAUCAGUGUGUGUCCUCUCACCGAGGCCAGCAAAAAGUUCUCAGUGAAUGUGUACAACCCCCUCGCUCGACCCGUCUCUUAUCCAGUCCGGCUGCCGGUGAACGGAACAUCGUAUGAAGUGACGGACGCUAAAGGCAAACCUGUGGACUGCCAGGUGCUCGCGGUGUCCGCCUCCACUCGGGAGGUGAGGAGGAGUCGAGGCUCCGCCCUCAGAGAGCUGCUCUUCCAGGUGGAGGCUCCUCCUCUGGGCUUCACCACCUACUCCGUGUCCCUGCUGCAGGACGGACCCCCACCCGCCUCCCCCCGGCCCCGCGCCCCCACCGCCAUCCAGAACCAGUUCCUACGAGUGACCUUUGACCCGGACACCGGCCUCCUGAGCAGCCUCAGCAACCUGGAGACCAAACAGAGCAUCAAACUGACCCAGAACUUCUACUGGUACAACGCCAGUGACGGUAAUAACACCCACAGUGACCAGCCUUCAGGCGCCUACAUCUUCAGACCCAACUCCUCCACCCCCUUCAUCGUCAGCAGCACCGCCAAGACGGAGAGCAUCCAGGGGGCCGUGGUGCAGGAGGUGCGGCAGGUGUUUUCUCCCUGGGUCUCUCAGGUGGUCCGUCUGCACGCCGACAGCCGGGAGCUGGAGCUGGAGUGGACCGUGGGACCAGUGCCUAUCGGGGAUGACCUGGGGAAGGAGGUGAUCACUCGUAUCGACACCAGCAUCAAAACGUCCGAGUAUUUCUACACCGACUCCAACGGCAGGGAGGUGCUGCAGAGGAGGAAAGACUUCCGGCCCACCUGGAACCUGAGGCAGUCGGAGCCCAUCGCCGGGAACUAUUACCCCAUCAACUCCCGGGCUUUCAUCAAGGAUGAAGAGGACCAACUCACUGUGGUGACGGAUCGCUCUCAGGGAGGGGGCAGCCUCCACAACGGCUCUCUGGAGAUCAUGCUGCACCGCCGGCUGCUGUACGAUGACGUCCGCGGCGUGGCCGAGCCUCUGAACGAGAUCUCGGACAUUUUCCCCGAGGGGCUGGUGGUGCGGGGCCGCCUCCUGCUGUCCCUGCAGCGGCCCCCCUGCGCGGCAGACGCUCACCGGCCCCUGGCCCAGCAGGUGGUGCUGCAGCCGCUGCUCAGCUUCACCGACGGGGAGCUGCACCCAGACACCCAGCUGGAGUUCUCAGGGCUGCAGGCUGCGCUGCCCCUCCCUGUUCACCUGCUCACUCUGACUCAGUGGGACGAGGCCUCGCUGCUGCUCAGGCUGGAGCAUCAGUUCCAGAGCGGGGAGAGCCGAGUGAACGCAGAGCCUGUCACCGUCAACCUGCAGAAGAUGUUUUCCACCCUGAAGCUGCUGGGCGUGUCUGAACUGAGUCUGUCAGCCAAUCAGUGGAGAGACGAGAUGAAGCGCUUUGAUUGGACCCCGCAGUCAGGUGAGAGGCCGCUGCUGAAGGAGUUCCAGGACCGCUCCGUGUGGGAGGUGACUCUGAGGCCGAUGGAGAUCCGGACCUUCCUACUCCGGGUCAGAUAGACUAGAUCCCACUACUCCUCCGAUUUUACCAAAAUGAAUGAGUGAGUCACUUUCAAUCAAUAUGAGCUCCUGUGGCCUCGAGCGAAGACACUUCACAAUGAUUAAAAGGGUUUCUGUUUACAAAGGAUAGCUGGAUUUAAAAUGGGAAAACGGCGACAAGAUUUGUAUCAAAGCCACCGUGUGACGGGUUCCAGAGACACGUGACGAUUAGGGGUUUAAAUUCACCUUUUACAAAGAAAUUCAGCAGAUCUGAAGAUGGUUUUUGGAUUUUGAAUUGCUUUUGACCACACUCAUGUCCGUCCAAACACAGAAACAGGUUGAUUAUUUGCCAGUUAGAGACACUGAAUGAGUUCAAUUGUUCCUCCUUUAAGAGACUCAGUAUAUAUGCACAGAAUUUGCUGAAGCUGCCUUUCGUACUGCUCACAUCAAUACCAAUAAAUCCCUCUCAGAAGUCACUUUUUCAUGGAUUUUUUGCCAAUUUUCUUCAGCACUCAGAUCCUUAUAGACAUUUCUGCAUUAUGUGCCAAUAUUUGUAAAUAAUUUGAACAUGAUUUUAUAUUGAUUAUAAAGCAGCUGACAAUAAAGUGUUAUUCUUACUGUG